UAGUGAACAAAUGCUAAAAUCAUCUUCCGCGUUCGUAUUUUCUAAUUGUGUGUUAAAUAAAUAAAUAAAUAAGAUGAAAAUCUUUAACUAAUGUCUCUCAUUCGAAAACGUCUGUGUGAAAUAAUCGACAAAGAAAAAAGAAACGUGGAGCGAUAGAGGAGGAGCAGCAGCAUAGCCAGAACAGAAGGAAGGAACAAUAGAGAAUCAAAGCAUAAUGAUAUUCCUAAAUGAAGAGGGAAAUGUUGCCGCGCUCAUUUUAUUAAUCAGACUGUCAAUUUCACCCCAGAGGCCAACCCCAGGAGCCAUCUAAAACAGACUCAGAUCAGACGCCGCUCUCCACACUUCUUCUCUCUCUCUCCACCUGGAUAUACGCGUCUGGCCGAUCAAGGGCCGACUCUAUCAACCGAUGUCAGUCUCUCUCCUAUUUAUUUGCUUAUAAACCUGUUACAAUAAAUGAUCAUUCGAGGCGCGUCACGCGCACCUUUAACGACGAAGGCGCAAACCACUUUUUGAUGAAUGACUUUCUGAACCGGAUAGGAUGCUCGGGUCAUUUUGAGCAGUCAUUCGUUGCUCACACUGGCAUUCCUCUGUUUUUUUGCGUCCAGCUCAUAAAGGUGUUAUAUUAUUUAGAGGAGGCGGCUAAGCUGAAUGCGGAUUAGAUCCGCCACCAGUCAUCUGAGCACCAGUCCUGGGACUUUUUUUGCUGCACGACUUCAUGAUGGAGAGAAUAAGAAAGGAAAUGAUUCUGAUGGAAAGGGGACUACACAGUCCAGUGGCAGGCAAGAGACUCUCCAACCUUUCUGACUCGGCCGGGAACGCGGUGCUUGAGGCCCUGGAAAAUUCUCAGCACGCGGGUCGACUCAGCCCGAGAAUAACUUCCGCCUCUCUGCAUGGCAGUCUCGGAGAUCUUCCCACCAAAGGCAAGUUUGAGAUCGACAGCCUAUUUGGAAACCACCACGGGGGCGACAAUACCUCCUCCACAGAAAUCUCGUCCUCCGAAGGCAAGAAGAAAAUAAAUAUGUAUCCCGAAGUUUCUCCAGACUCCGACAUGAACAGCGAUGUGGAGGUGGGAUGCCCGUCUCACCGUUCACCGGGUAGUGUCAGCCAACAGAAAGAAAACAACAGCAAAGGUUUUUCAGAUAGUAAUUCGGGAAUCUCCAACACGAGUUCAUCGUCUAUCUCCAAUCUUAACUGUAAUUCCAUGGGUAACUCCAGCAGCUCGAGCUCAGACCAGGUGAGAAGGUAUCGGACUGCUUUUACCCGAGAACAAAUUGGAAGAUUGGAGAAAGAAUUUUAUAGGGAAAACUACGUCUCAAGACCCAGGAGGUGUGAACUGGCCGCAGCACUAAACCUACCCGAAACAACAAUAAAGGUGUGGUUUCAAAACCGGCGAAUGAAGGACAAGCGCCAGCGCCUGGCCAUGUCCUGGCCACAUCCUGCCGAUCCUAGUUUCUACACCUAUAUGAUGACGCAUGCAGCCGCCACCGGAAGUCUGCCUUACCCUUUCCAUUCCCACAUGCCACUACACUAUUACCCCCAUGUAGGUGUCACGGCAGCAGCUGCUGCGGCAGCCGCCUCAGGAGCCGCUUCUUCACCUUUUGCUACCUCUAUUCGUCCCCUUGAUACCUUCCGUGCUCUCUCUCAUCCCUAUUCGCGGCCAGAGCUGUUGUGCAGCUUCCGACAUCCAGGACUAUACCAGUCACCCGCAGGCCUAAACAGCUCGGCUGCGGCGUCAGCAGCGGCGGCCGCUGCAGCGGCGGCUGCGGCAGUCAGUGCGCCCUCGGCAACGGGCCCGUGCUCGUGUCUCAGCUGCCACAGCAGUCAGGCGGCCACCGCGCUGGGCUCCAGAGGUGCCAGCUCUGACUUCACAUGUACGGCGACCGGACAGAGGUCCGAGAGCGGAUUUUUGCCAUACUCAGCAGCCGUAUUGAGCAAAACGUCGGUGCCCUCACCAGACCAGAGAGAAGAAAGCGCACUCAAUAGAUAGCUUAGCACUAAAACACACUUCUGAAACACAUGUAAUAUAUUUUUGUUGGCACAACAUUAUUACAUGUAUUACGCCCAGACUUGGGAAAAAAUAUCAAAUACAAUUAAUACUGAAGGCCUUCCAUCACACAGUGUUACAAUAGAAAAAUAUUUUUUGUUGUUUUCAAAGCAUUGUAUCUUUUAUUAUUGUUAUUAUUAUUGUUAUUAUUAUUAUUAUUAUUAUUAUUAUUAAUAUUAUUAAACUGUUUGCAAAAAUAGAGCAUACAGUGCAGUAUAAAGAAUAUACACUGGAUGUGCCACUUUAGCAGGAGAUAAAGGACCAUGCGCAAAAUAAUGAUGCUGUUCUGAAAGUGUUGCUGCUCGAGGGACUCUUCCCGAUCCAGGAGUGUGACGUACAAAAUCUGCACUGCUUCUACAAUGUCAUUUCUGCUGUUAAUAAUGUGAAGAUUAUGACGAAAAUUGCCAAUCAUGUACCUUGAUGGACCUCCUUUGAAUGUGGAAAUGUAAGAAAGUUCCCUGUUCUGAGACUCGCUGUCAAACCGUAACAACCCGCUGUGGGAAGUCAUUAGACAAGAUAGAUAAAAGACCUUGAGCAUUUCGCAUUGUUCUUGGUGUGUAGAUUGUACAGUAUUAAACGUGGUAUUCGUUACCUGAGGAAAUGUUUAAAAAAUCCCCUUUUCACCGAGUCCUAUUUCCAAUCUUCUUAUUGGAGCGUUGGCCGGCCUGGGUAGACUUUUUUUCUUAGAGAUGUUCCGCUGAUGCGAGCAGUCUCAUUAAAUCCAAACCGAUAUUUCCAUAAUACUCCCAGCAGAGACUCUUCACUCACAAAAUAAUGGGAUUAUCCAUACAACCUCAAACUUCAGACAAAUUACUCAUGCAUUUCUGUCUGCAUACAUUUUUUUUUGUCACUAGGCGGAAUUUUGACUCACAUAAAACCGCAUUUGGAAAAUAUCAAAAUAGCACUUGUACAGUACAAAUGAGAAUAGGCCUAUGUGAGAUAUUUUGUUAUAAGCGUAGUCUCGUUUAAAUAGUAUUAAGCCAAAUUUUUGACUGCCAUCCGAGAUGAUUAACGACAUAAUUACUCUUUUAUAUAUUUUUAUAAUUUAUUUGACUCGCUGAAUGUUUUAUUAUUAUUAUUAUUAUUGUGUUACAUAAUUAUUUUGGGGAAACCCGUUUAACUCAAUUAUACUUGAGCAUACCACAGAACAAAUUAAAGGAAUAUUAGGCCUCAAAUCAAUAAUUCAAGCCAAAACGAUCACACACAUUGUAUAUAAAACAUAUUACAUUGCUGUUACCGUUUCAGAAAGAUUUUUGUAAUGUUACUGAGUACGCGGGGCUGUUUGCGGUCUGUUCAAUAAAUGAGAAUACUGAAAGCCCUGUGUUUGCCCCUUUCCCAAGGGUGAUCGUGAUACAUGAAUCUGUACAUUACGUCUCUGUAUUUUACAUUUUACCGACUGUACGAAUUUUCAUAUUUUCACUUGAGA